GUCUCUGCAAUUCUGCAGCGGCAGAGGGUUUACACGCCAUGGACGACCUCGAGCGAGCGAUUCUAUUCAACUACGACCCCUGCAUCGUUGGCGCCGACCCCGCGGUUCGUUCCCAAGCCAUCGACUUCUGCAACCACCUCAAAACCAGUUCCCCCUCCGACCUCAUUCGUCUCUGUUUCGAUCGUCUCCACCACUCCCCCCACGUACCCGUCAAGUUCUGGUGCGUCCAAUCCCUCCACGAAACCGUAACACUUCGUUACUCCGCCCUCUCCCCAGACGAUCUCUCUCUCCUUCGCUCCUCCCUCCUCUCGCUCUUCUCGGAUCGCCCUCUCCCCUCAUCCUCCCCUCCAUUCCUAAAAAACAAGCUUUCCCAAGCCCUAGCUGCUCUCAUAGGCACUGAAUACCCCUCUUCAUGGCCUUCUCCUUUCCUCCACCUUCUCUCCCACCUCCCUACAGCCGGCACCGCUGCCAUCGACAUGUUCUCGCGCGUUUUAGUCGCUCUAGAUGACUGUAUCAUUAGCCAGGAUUACGUUCGUUCUCCCAGUGAUGCAGCAGUCGCCACCCGCUUGAAGGACGCUAUGCGCCACCAGUGCAUCCCCCAAAUUGCACGUGCCUGGUUCGAUAUUGUCUUUCUUUACCAUUCCUCUGAUCCUGACCUGGCCGUUGGCGUUCUGGAAGCCAUGCGCCGUUACACUGCCUGGAUCGACAUUGGAUUGGUUGCUAAUGAUGCCUUCCUUUCCUUCCUUUUUGAUCUUAUACUUUCUCCAUCCACGCUAGAAAGGCUCAGCUCAGCUGCCGCCGGCUGCGUGGUCUCAAUUUUUUCAAAAGGAAUGGACUCACGUUCUAAGCUCAACCUCCUCAAUUCCCUCCGCAUGAACCGAGUUUUAAGCAACCCUGGAUUGGUCGGCAAAUUUGCUGCGAUGGUCAUUUGUUAUGCUUCGGAGGUCUUGGAGUGCUAUAAGAAGUUGGUUUUUGAGAAGGAAGAGGGGCCGUCUACCGCCAUGGAGCUUCUGGAGGAGGCGCUGCCAUCUGUCUUCUAUGUGACGCAGAACUGUGACAAGUUGGAGUACGGUAACGUGGUUCAUUUUCUCUCGGACUGUUUGUCCACCGUUAAAUCGCCAUCCGAGAAACAGAUGGUUUACAUUGCUCAGAUAUUGGAGGCCAUUCGCGCACAGAUCUCCUAUGAUCCUACCUAUAGAUGUAAUCUGAAUAGUCCUGAUAAAAUUGGAAUGGAAGAGGAGGACCGUAUUUCUGAGCACCGCAAGGAGUGGUUUGCACUGUUCCGGAGCGUAUGCCGUGUGGCACCAGAUAUCACCCAAUUGUUUAUUCAAAAUUUGAUUGCCAGUGCUCUUUCUUCCUCAGAAAUGGAUAUGGAGGAAGUAGAAGCUGCCUUGACCAUGUUCUAUUGGCUGGGCGAGACGUUGAGUGAGGAAGGCAUAAAAUCAUAUGCUGGUUUGUCGGAGAAGAUGGUGCCAAUGCUUCUAUCUGGAAAAUUUGCUUGCCAUUCACAUCGACUAGUGGCGCUUGUGUAUUUGGAAACGAUUACGAAGUACACGAAGUUUGUGCAGGAUAAUUCUCAGUGCAUACCUGAUUUGCUUGCUGCUUUUUUGGAUGAGAGGGGGAUAAAUCAUCCAAAUCCCCUUGUGAGCAGAAGGGCUACUUACUUGUUCAUGAAAGCUGUAAAACGGCUUAAAGCAAAGCUAGUGCCUUUCAUAGAUGCGAUUCUGCGAAGUGUGCAAGAUGCACUGGUUCGAUAUACUUCUUUAGAUUGGUCAUCCGGGGAUCUCCGGCAUUGCGGUUCUGAGGAUGGUAGUCAUGCCUUUGAGGCCAUAGGAUUGUUGAUUGGUAUGGAAGAUGUCUUGCCAGAAAAACAGGCUGAAUUCUUAGCUGCAUUGCUCAAACCUCUAUAUCAACAAGUUGAAGCAGUCCUUUUGGAGGUAAAGACUCAAGGAAUUGGAGAAUCUUCCCCACAAAUUAUGAAUCUGCAACAUAUCAUAGCUGCCUUAAAUGCUCUGAGCAAGGGUUUCAGCGAGCGGACAGUGACAACUAGUCGCCCUGUGAUUGGCCAACUGUUUAAGCAGACUUUGGAUGCUCUUUUGCAAACACUGUUCAUAUUUCCAAAUAUCAAGUCCUUGCGCAAGAAGAUAAUCUCAUUUAUUCAUCGCAUGGUUGAAAUUUUGGGAACAUCGAUGGUUCCCUAUCUUCCCAUGACAUUUAAUCAAUUGCUUGUUGACAAUGAGCCAAAUGAUAUUGUGGACUUGCUUUUGCUAAUCAAUCAAGUGAUAUGCAAAUUUGGUAACUCUGUUGAGAGCAUAUUAGAAGAAAUAUUCCCUAUAUUAGCAAGCAGAUUAUUUGGUUUUCUUUCAAAUGAGGGAUUUUCUUUUGGUUCUGAGUGCAAUACUGAGGAAAUACGCGAAUUGCAAGAGCUUCAACGAAUGUUGUACACAUUCUUGCAUGUUCUGACGGCUCACGAUCUCUCUUCCGUUUUCCUUGUCCCAAAUAGUAGGAAUUUUUUGGAUGCUAUAAUGCAGCUACUGUUGUUAACAUCUUGCAGCUAUAAAGACGUUGUUGUGAGGAAGAUUUGUGUGCAGAUUUUUAUCAAACUUAUUAAAGACUGGUGCAGCAAGUAUAGCGAUGAAGAAAAGGUUCCUGGCUUUGGAAACUUCAUUAUUGAGAAAUUUGCAACUAAUUGCUGCCUGUACAGUGUUUUGGACAAGUCGCUUGAGUUCCAUGAUGCAAAUACUCUUGUUCUUCUUGGGGAAAUUGUAUUGGCUCAGAAGGUCAUGUAUGAGAAGCUUGGUGAUGACUUCCUUGUUCAUUUUGUCUCAAAAGGCCUCUUGACAGCUCAUUGUCCGCAUGAUUUAGCAGAACAGUACUAUGCAAAUGUGCAGGGAAACGAUGUCAAGGCUUUGAAAUCUUUCUAUCUUUACAUGAUUGAAAUCUUGAGACAACAGCAAAAUGCAAGCCUUGUUUUCAGAUAGAAUCAGACAUUUAUUUUGACCUGAAAUUCUCAAUUCUUUUAUUACACACUUGAUUGACAUCGAGCAUAUUCCACGGAUCCGACUCAGGUAUUAAACUCAGCUUUGUUUGUUAUUCUUGUUUCACUCCAUGCUUUUCAACUUCUGUAUAUAUAACAGUAGCUUAAAUAUCUAUAAUGCCAGCGUCAUUAUUUUCUCAACAAGUUAUGUUAAUUUUCUCACAGUUAUAUAGAACAGUAGCUUAAAUAAUAGGGACUGUUUCUCUCCCUGUUUUAGUGGUAUAAAGUAAAUGAAAUGUAUGAUUUCUCAAAAUUUCGGUGUUUGAUUGAAUGAAAACAGAAUGCUAUGUAAAAUUUUAGUAACUUUGGAAUUAACCUCUCAAUUCAAAAAUGAUAUAUUCAGAAUUUAUUAGAUUUGGGUGAUUUCCAAAUGCAUUGCAAACUGUAGCAUGUUUAUCACCACCAGCUGCCAUUUCCACCUCCCCCUUGCCAACGCUAAGGUAGAUGAGAAAAUAUUGCGUCCAGAGUCCGGACGCAGCACGCGAGCUGCGUCGGGACAACAGACGUGAUACAGUGGAGGUUCGAGCUCCCGCUCCGCCCUGUAUCACAUCCGUUGUUCGGACGCAGCUGUGCGUCCAGACUCCGAAAACAAUAUUUUUUCAUAGUAGAUAGCCGCCCGCUGCCGUUGUCGCCAGCUGCCCAUCUUCCUCACCGCUUCCACUACCGUCCACCCUCCAUCUCUGCCUCCAGCUAUCUGUUGCGGCCACCCACUGCCAACUGCAGGCGCCGCCGCAACCACUAUUGCCGCGCAUAUUCUAAGUUGAUUUUAUUUUUUCUUUGAACCAAAUAUAUGCAUGUAUGUACUUUAACACCAAACCAAAUAACACUGCAUUUCUUUCACAUCGACUUUCUUCUAAACAAACCAAACAUUGAUUAUGUUAACCCAUUCAAUAUUAAAAUCCGAGAUUUUUUUC